AUGAGUGUUCUAUGUCUUUGUGUAUUUGAGAAUAUGGUCUUCUCACAGCCAAGUGUAUGGCUCAUGCAUUAUGAAGGAGCUGGCAAGCUGCUGCAAUUCCGAGGACCCAAAGCUUGGCGAAACCCUGACGAGAGACAAGUAUUGUGUUUCGCACGGUACUUUGCAAUUCUCUCUGCCGGACAUCGACGCCGCCAUUGCUUCCUCGACCAGCCACAAUGGGAGAGCACCCAAUGUGUCACAGAGGGCGAGGCACCCGAGAGGAUAGACCUACUUUGCGAUAUCUUUGCCCAAACCCUGGAAUCGUUUACGAUUACGACCAGCUUCGCCAGCGUCCGUGCCGAAACUCUUUCGCGACUGGAUUCUUACGCCAGCACGUACAGUCUGUCAUAA